UUUGACAUGCUUUGCAAAAUUCACGUGCAUCUCGUGCAGCUUAUAAUGAAAAGGCUGGACUUGCUCGAGAUCGGCCAUUUAGCCAGGCUACGUAGGAGAGACAAGUGUGGUUUUUUUGGGACUAAAAAUGGUAGAGGCAGCACAAGAACAUUUCUGGGGUGUGGAGUUGAGCAAAGAGAAACCAACAUUCACAUGGUCAUUUGAAGAGGAGGAAGAUGAUGAGGACAAUGAUUACUUGAUCCAUACCUUAUUUCUAAAAAAUGCUGUUCUAGGAACCUCUGCUGUGAAAGGCGAGAGAAACAUUGUACAAAUUGAAACAAAAAACUUUGACAAAAAAGAUAUAGCACAGCCUCUACUAUCCUUAACAUUAGGCCAGACAGAUAUGUGCAAUUUAGAUAUUAGUUUUGGCAACGAGGUAAAAGCCACAUUUCGUUUGGUAGAAGGGUCUGGUCCAAUAGCUCUGGGAGGACAGCAGCUAGUUGAGUUUCCCCCAGAUGAGCUGAACAGUCAAGAUGAGUCUGCCCUCGAGGAUACCAUGGAGUCAGAACUGACGGAGGAAGAUAUGAGUCCGAAGAAAUCUAAAAAGAGAAAAGCUGGAGCGGGAGCUGAUAAAAAAUCAAAGAAAGGCAAGCUGGAGGAGAGCAUGUCGAGUGCAGAUGACAGCAUGGAAGAUGACGAGGAGGAUGAGGAUGAUGAUGAGGAAGACGAGGAUGAAGAAGAUAUGGAUGAAGAGGAGGAAUCCAGUCCAGAGAAAGGGAAGAAAAAACGAGGAGGAAAGGGGAAAGAAAUAAAAGUGAAAAAGCUGACAGUUACUUUGAAGAAAGGCCAAAAACGUAGGAUUGUGAAAGCCAAAAGGAGAAAGAGCAGUAAAUCCUAGGCAGGACCAGAAAGGAAAGAAAGCAGGACCCAAAACCACAAAGGUCUCUCCAAAGAAAGCAGCAAAGAAAACAACCAAAAAAGGAAAGAAGUAGACGUCUUUAACAAGCCUGACAGUUGUAGUCAAUCUCAAUAUAGAACAAUAUGACUUUAAGAGGAGCAAAUAGUGAUUCAAGACCACCUGAUUAAUUUUGUCUUAUACAUAAGUGCAGAUAUUUCAGAUUUAUAUAUUUUGCUUUGUGCUAAAACCCAUACGUUGCUUACUGACAUUUUGUUUGACAAAUAAAUGAGGUACUGCAA